ACUGUCCGACUUGAAACAAGAAUGAUGAUUUCCAGAGAAAGGCUAUCGCGGCAUAAUUGUUGACGGCGGUUUUUUAUAUAGCAACAAUAUUUUUAAAAAUAUAUUAUAUAUAUUAUAUAUAUAUAUAUAUAUAUAUAUAUCUUACAGUGUUAGUAUUAAAUACAUUGAAACGGUAACAUAGCAAGUAACGUUAACUGGUGACAGUAAAUACACACCAACGGUAAGCUAUGUCCGUCGUUCAGGAACCGUAACCUCCCUACGGCUAUGGAGUCAAACGCAGCGACCUGUGGUCAUAAGAGGAAAAUAUAUAUAUAUACGUAUUACAAUAAUGUAAGACGUCUAACCUUCAUCUAGUCUACGUCCGACAGCGUUAGUGAGAAGACGUGCGCUGCUGUAAUGUCAACCCAGCUAACAGCUAGCUAGCUCAUUCUGCUAGUUUCUUGCCGUCCGAGCCUGGGUGACAGCUAGGUUUUUUUUAGCUAACAGCUAUGGACAGGGAGGCGUACCGCAACUGCUGCAGCCUGGUCAAAAUGCCGAGGCAGCCGUACGAACAGUUCUGGUCUUCACAUUUCGUCGACUACAUCGACAAGGAGCUGAGCUAUUUCAAGUUCUUCAAGAAGUACCUGCUCCCCAAUCACCCCUGUAUGUUUUCGAGGAGGUUCACGCAGGACUGGAAGUGUAGGAAACAGUGGGUGUCCGAGGAAGGGAAGCCCAAUUUCCAGAAACUGCUGCAAGAGUUCGAAGAGACUCCUGUGCCUGUGGCUAACUGCAACGCAAAGGAGUACAAUGCAAACCCUAAACAAGUCAUGCCUUUCAAAGAAUUUAUACAAUACUGGAAGGAAUACAUCCAGAAUGGCCACUCGUCACCUAAAGGAUGUCUUUAUCUUAAAGACUGGCACAUGGCAAGGGACUUUCCAGAGCAUAAUGUUUACACCACACCGGUCUUCUUUUCUUCCGACUGGCUUAAUGAAUACUGGGAUACGAUUGAAGUGGAUGACUACCGAUUUGUCUACAUGGGACCGAAGGGCUCGUGGACCCCUUUCCACGCCGACGUGUUCCGCUCCUACAGUUGGUCUGCGAACAUCUGCGGCAGGAAGAAGUGGCUCCUGUACCCUCCGGGUCAGGAGGAGUUUCUGCGCGACACUCACGGCAACCUCCCUUACGACGUGACGUCGGCCGAGGUUCGAGACGGGGGUCUUUUCCCGCGCUCCGAGGAAGCCUGUCAACCUCUUGAGAUCAUCCAAGAGGCGGGCGAAAUCAUCUUCGUGCCCAGCGGCUGGCACCAUCAAGUUUAUAAUCUGGAGGACACCAUCUCUAUUAAUCACAACUGGUUGAACGGCUGCAACGUAGACAUCAUGUGGCAGUUCCUUCAGAACGAGCUGUCGUCUGUUCAAAAAGAAAUAGACGAGUGGAGAAACACCAUGGACUCGUGGCAUCAGCACUGCCAGGUUAUCAUGAAGGCCUGCUCGGGUAUCAACUACGCAGAAUUUGCAUCGUUCUUGAAAAUCGUCGCCGACAACCGAAUGGCUGUGCUGAACGCCCGUUCCUCCGGGGACUCCUCCGAUUACCCGCGGCACCUCUCGGAGACCCUCGCCACGCUUGGACCUUACCACGCUGCCUUCGACCUCCAAAGAGUGGCGCACGUUAUCGAAUGCCUACUCUGCAACGAAGACUUUAAGAGGCUCGAUCAUUCGACUUUGACUUUGCAGCCGGAGACCAUGUUGCAGCAAAUUCGGGCCACCAUACAGUCCACCAGGGGGCAGCAUCUCCUUUAUCAGGAAUAAGAUGCUCCCCAUACAGUCCACCAGGGGGCAGCAUCUCCUUUAUCAGGAAUAAGAUGCUCCCCAUACAGUCCACCAGGGGGCAGCGUCUCCUUUAAUCAGGAAUAAGAUGCUCCCCAUACAGUCCACCAGGGGGCAGCGUCUCCUUUAUCAGGAAUAAGAUCAUCGCCUGGAAAUGGCUUGAAUGAAAAAAAGUGCCAAUUUGUACAGUGCGAUUAAGAUGACGAUAAAAGGCGUUACCACACCUUUGGAUUGAGAUGAAUGGCAAUCUCAAAUGUCGCUUAUUGAAUGUUUGGAAUUUUCUUUUGCACUGAAAUAUGGAUAAAUUAAAAAGAAAUAGGCAUUGA